AAACCCUCGAGAUACAUUCACAUCAAACGUUUUUGCCCUAAUCAUCAACCAAAGAAGAGCGGCGAUGGAGAUGGAGAUGGAGAAGGAGAAGGAGAAGCAGGAACAGAAUGAAGAACAUCACAUUGAUAAGAAGCAGAAGACGGAGAAUCAACAGGAUGAGGUUGUUAAAGCUCGUCGGCCUUUGAAACUGUCUCGCAAAAACACUCUGCAUCCCAAAGAGAGCCUCCAUGACCUCCACAGCUUCGGAUGCAGCGAAUCGGAUCUCUGGUUGAAUCCUCCAGCUUGCAUUCGCUCCCCACCUUAUGCGACCUUGUAUGGCAUUGAAGUAAGUAGAAUCUUGCUCCAGGAGGACCGCAGAAAACUAAAAAAAUCCCUGGCAUCACCUUUAAGGUGACUUGGUGCAGUACUGGUAGUCUCUCUUUGAUUUUUCCUAUCGGCUAUCUCCUGAUCUAACCAUCUAUUAGGACUGAAGUUAAUCGUAGUUAUGAAGCUUUUGUUUCAAUUAGACUGAAGUUAAUCGUAGUUCUGAAGCUUUUGAUUAACAUAUUAUGUUAAGAUCGGUUUGUUUAUUUCCAUGUAUUAAGUAACUUUUUGGGAUCUAAAUGCUCUAUGGUUAUCUACCUUUUUGAUUAUGUGCUUA